AUGGCGCUGAACCGACUGAAGAGCCUGGAACGACGUUUUCAACGAGAGCCGCAUAUGAAACAGAACGUGAACCAGCAGAUUGAGUACUACCUGACCAAAGGCUACUGUCAUAAGGCCACGGCAGAAGAGCUGAAGAGUACCAAUCCUUCUUCCGUGUGGUAUCUUCCUCUUAAUGUCGUGCUGAAUCCUAAGAAACCGCAUAAGGUACGUUUGGUGUGGGACGCGGCGGCCAAAUCGCAGGGUGUUUCUCUCAAUUCGUAUCUGCUCAAAGGCCCCGAUCUAUUGGCAUCACUUCCGGCGGUCAUUAGCAAGUUUCGAGAGCGACGAGUUGCAGUGGGAGGUGACAUCAAAGAGAUGUACCAUCAGCUCAGGAUUAGAGACGCAGACAAACAGGCGCAAAGGUUUCUUUUCCGGUUCCCGGAAGACGAUCAUCCUACCGUUUUCGUCAUGGACGUGGCCACCUUCGGCGCUGCCAGUUCUCCAUGCUCGGCGCAAUACGUCAAGAACCUGAAUGCCCAACAGUUUUCCACUCGUUAUCCAGCAGCAGCACAGGCCAUCGUUCACCGCCAUUAUGUCGAUGACUACUACGACAGCUUCGACACCGAAGAGGAAGCCAUCGAGCGAACCAGAGAGGUACGUUGGAUCCACUCGAAAGGUGGAUUCGAGAUCACCAAUUGGACGUCUAACUCUACAGCUGUUCUUCGAAGUUUGGGAGUGGGUGGUGGCUCCAGAGAGUCAAUCCAUUUGAACCAAGACAAGGUGACGGAUUACGAACGAGUUCUCGGCAUCAUGUGGGACACGCAGAACGACGUGUUUUCGUUUGCGGUGCCCGCAAACGCAGCGGCUACAGAGGCAGAACCACCAAAGAAAAGGGGAGUCCUGAGCACGGUCAUGUCGCUGUUCGAUCCAAUCGGCCUGUUGGCUCCAUUUACGGUGUUGGGAAAGAUGCUCAUGCAAGACCUGUGGCGAGCGGGUUGCGACUGGGACCAGCGUAUCGACGGAGAGUGCCUGGAUAAGUGGCGACAGUGGGUCGCAAUGUUUUCUCUGGUCGAGGGUGUUCGGAUUCCAAGAUGCAACUUUGGAUCGACACCUUCUGACCGAUUUGGCCAAAUACAGCUACAUAUCUUCAGUGAUGCCGGGGAGAAUGCGUACGGAAGCGUCGCGUAUCUACGGAUUUGUGUGGAAAAUACUGUAAAAUGUUCGUUGGUGAUGGCUCGAUCGAAAGUAGCACCGAUAAAACUUCUUUCCAUUCCACGGCUUGAACUGAAAGCAGCAGUCUUGGGAGCGCACCUGAGUCACACCGUUAAGAACAACCAUUCCCUUCCUAUUCAUCAAAUUUUCUACUGGAGUGAUUCUCGAACUGUUCUCUCCUGGAUUCAAAGCGACCAACGUCGUUAUCAGCCGUUCGUCGGCUUCCGUAUCGGAGAAAUUCUGAGUCUCUCCAAGCUGACAGACUGGCGCUACGUUCCAACCAAGCUAAAUGUAGCAGAUUCGCUCACCAAAUGGGGUCGUCUUCCGGAUCUUUCGAGCGAAGGUUCAUGGUUUCGUGGCCCGGAGUUCCUGUACCAGCAGCCGUCGGAAUGGCCUCAACAGAAUCUUCCCGCUGCAAAUACACGAACGGAAAUCAAGGCAAUACACCUUUUUCACGGUGUGGAGCUUCCAAGUUGCUUUAUCGACGUGACUAGAUUUUCGAAGUGGAACGUUGCAGUUCGCACCGUGGCGUGCAUUUUCCGAUUCAUCUCCAACUGCCGGCGCAGAGCAGCUGGCAAAUCCAUCGAAGCCGUCCUUUCGACUCCAAAGCUUAAAAAGCUCAUCAAGGUUGAAAUUCCCUUUGUGGUGGUUCCGUUGCGGCAAGACGAGCAUAGAUGUGCCGAAAAUACUCUCUUCAGGUUGGCUCAGAGCGAGUCGUACAGCGCCGAAAUCAAGAUAUUGAAGAAGAAUGCAGAAUUACCUUUUCAAAAUUGGUUUCCACUAGAAAAAUCCAGCCCUCUCUACAAGCUUGUGCCCCUGAUCGACGCCGAUGGUGUGUUGAGAAUGGAAGGUCGUUCUGAAAAGGCAGAGUUCCUCCCUUUCGAUCUUCGCUUUCCGAUAAUUCUACCGAGAUCUCACUACGUUACGGAUCUUUUAAUUCAACAAUACCAUGAAAGGUUUGGGCAUGGAUAUCGAGAGACGGUGAAAAACGAAAUCAAGCAACGUUUUGUGAUUAGCGGUCUUACCAAUUUGAUAAGACAAACCGAAAGGAACUGUGUGUGGUGUAAGGUUCGUAAAUGUCUGCCGAAGAAUCCUCGUAUGGCUGCACUUCCUGUACAAAGACUAACUCCAUUUAAACGUCCAUUUAACUUCGUGGGCAUUGAUUACCUGGGUCCUGUUGAAGUCGUCGUCGGCCGCCGCAGAGAAAAACGCUGGGUUGCGGUGUUCACGUGCAUGGUUGUUAGAGCGGUGCAUUUGGAAGUAGUCCACAGUCUUACCGCGCAAUCAUGCAUCAUGGCAAUCCGCCGUUUCAUCAGCCGCCGAGGUCCAGCCUCCGAAUACUUCACAGACAACGGGACGAACUUCCGAGGUGCGAGUAAGGAGAUAAUCCAACGGGUAGGGGAAAAGUUCAUAUAA